GCAUCCGAGAUCCAGUAUCUUCCUACUGCCAGUUGGCCUACACCAAGAUAUCUCCUAGAGGUACCUGUGCCCUGUUUAUACCCUGUCAUCGUCCCCAGGGGGAACUGGGCAAGUGGUGCAAGGGGAGCCCUCUCGUCAGCUCGGCCUCGACCAGGAGUAGAAACUAUUGUUUUCGCCCAAAAAUGUUGUGGUUGGUUUUCCCGCUCAUCUUCUUUGACACAAGUGGUGCUCAGGAAGUUAUUUUUGGUAAGAACAAGUACACCGAGUACCAGGUUGGAAACUUAAGUCUAAUCCUGACGGCUCCCCAUGGAGGAUCUUUGGCACCCUCUUCAAUACCUUCCCGAGAUGCUGGGUGCUGGGAAAAAGCUACAAAAACGUGUUACUAUGUGCAUUCCUGUCCAACAGGAACCACAAAAGACACAACUAAUUGUAAGGUUACAACGGUGAAGGAUCUUUAUACCCAAGAAAUGGCAUCAGCGGUGGCAAAAGAGAUAAGUCGUCUGAGAUCAGGAUACCGUCCUCAUGUUGUGAUUAACAACUUAUCAAGGUCUAAAUUGGAUCCCAACAGAGACAAGGACGAGGCUGCUUUUGGUGUUCCUGAAGCAGAGCAAGCCUGGGAAGAAUUUAUGGGUUUUAUUCGUACUGCCAAGUCUCACAUGUCAACUGGUCUGCUCAUCGACAUCCAUGGUCACUCUCAUGCCGAAGGGUGGGUAGAGCUCGGUUAUCUCAUCUCCAAAACUAACUUAGAUUCUGGAAAUUUCAAAGCUGCCGACACCUCCAUCUAUGCGUUGUCCAGAAGACGCCCCGACACCACUUUCGACAGUUUGCUUCGUGGUAAGGACAGUUUGGGAAAGCUUAUCGAAGAUCAAAAUUCAAGUUACGUUAGCGUCCCCUCACCAUCCAAUCCAGGGCCCAACGGUGGUAAUUAUUUCUCCGGUGGUCACAUUGUUGCCCUCCAUGGGUCUAAAAUAUCCGGUGAAGUUGAUGCCGUUCAAAUUGAGCUUCCGAGGUGGAUCCGGGAAAGUGCCGAGCGCCCUAACUUUGCUGCUGCCUUGGCUAAAGCUAUACUGAAUUAUUACGAUAUACAGCUUGCAAAAUCACAGAAUGUUUAAUUGUUCUUCUACUAUUAAACGGCAAUAAAUGAUGUUUUGUGGA